CGACCAUUCUUCCCGACGACAUCGAGUAUCUGGUGGGCUAGCUGUGUCAACACCACCACCGUCUCCAGCGUCCGCGUCGAGCAAUUCCUCCGCUUUCCAACCAGGGACCGCUGUCUGCAUUAGACUGGAGCCCCGCAGUGAAUCUGCUUAUCGGCACUAGUCUGCCGGAACGUCGGAAUGGCUGCUCCAAACGCAAAGGCGCCGCCGCAGCUCUCGACGACGUGCAAUGACAAGUACGUCGUUUUGUAUGCUUUCGACGACGCAGACCAUAAUGAAGCCAUUGACGAGUUCAAAACCCUGCUCCAAGAUCUGGAAGAGACCGGGCUUCACACCGAGGUCAGACCCGGCUACGGCCAAUCACUCCUCGUCUUUGUCAAGGCACCCCGGGAGCUCCUAGGAAACACCGUCCACAAGUCUCGGGUCAAGGACUGGCUGUAUGGGAUCACGCCCAAUCAUCCCGGAGGGGACAAGAAUACUGUGGUCAAGGGAGAGUAUGAAGCCGAAGACAUCCUGUCCGUCUAUCACCUCGUCAGUUGGCCCAAGGAGCUCGGCGGUGCAGGUAUCACACCAGGAGUGGGAAAGUGGGAGCGCGUACAGUCCAUCUUUCCGCUGCACAAUACCGAAGUCAACCAGUCCUUGCUCCGGCAUCUAAGCAAGAGAUUUUUCCUGUCGCCCGAAGAUCUUGACUCUAUUCGGGACUUACUCGGAUCCAAGGUGGCAUUCUAUUUCGCCUUCAUCCAAACCUAUCUUCUCUUCCUGUCCAUUCCCGCCGUCACGGGCGUCAUCGCGUGGCUCUGGCUUCCUCGCUACUCCUUGGCGUACGGCAUCCUCACAAGCGUCUGGUGCGCCGUGUUCCUGGAGUAUUGGAAGAUCACAGAGGUGGAUCUGAGCCUUCGAUGGGGAGUACAGGGAGUGCAAACUGUCAAAGUCACAAGGCCUCAGUUCAAGCAUGAAAAGGUCUACGUCGAUGCAGGCGGUCGCACGCACCAUUACUUCCCGAAGUGGAAGCAAAUCAGCCGCCAGCUGCUGCAAAUCCCUUUCUUGCUCUUUGCGAUGAUUGCCCUCGGAACUGCCAUUGUAUCAGUCUUUGCCAUCGAGAUUUUGAUAUCAGAGACUUAUGCCGGUCCCUAUAAGUUCUAUCUCGAAUAUCUACCAACUAUUUUACUAGCAGUCUCACUUCCUUACAUCACAACAGCGCUUGAAGACUCAGCGACGUGGAUGACCAACUUCGAGAAUCAUCGCACUGCGGAUCACCACGAGAUGUCGCUCACCCAGAAGGUCUUCGUCCUCAACAUGUGCACCAACUACCUUCCAAUCUUCUUGACGGCGUUCAUCUACAUCCCAUUCGGCGAUGACGUUGUCCCCAGACUAGAGGGUGUACUCCAAAAGCUUCUCGCCACUGUUGGGCAAAAGUUCACCAACGUGCCUUUCCGAGUCGACUCGGACCGGCUCAAAAAUGAAGUUAUCGCCCUCACAGUCACAGGCCAGUUGUCAAGUUUCUUCGAAGAGAACAUCAUGCCGUUGCUGAAGCACAAGCUUUCUGGGUGGUAUCGCAACUACUGCGAGUAUCGUUCCCAGGAAGCCACCCUUCUUUCGAUUGUUCCCGACGAACCCAACGAGGCAGAGUUUCUGGCAAGGUGUCGGGAUGAAGCAACGUUGCCUCUGUACAAUGUGCAGGAUGACAUCUCGGAGAUUGUACUCCAGUUCGGCUACCUAGCUUUGUUCUCGCCGGUGUGGCCCAUAAUUCCCAUCGGCUUCCUCAUCAACAACUGGAUUGAACUUCGGUCAGACUUUGCCAAGAUAUCCAUUGAGCAUCAACGACCUGCUCCAGUCCGGGCUGAUGGCAUCGGGCCUUGGAUUUACUCUCUCGACACCCUCACGUGGCUCGGUAGCAUUUCCACCGCAGCGAUCGUGCAUCUCUUCAGCACGGAAAAGUUUGGAGAUGGAAGCUGGGCCAUGCUGCCAGUCACGGUCUUCAUCAGCGAACAUGUCCUGCUGCUUCUCCGCGUGCUCGUCCGCUCGAUUUUGCAUCAAGCCGGUUCCGAAAGGAUCCGAGAAGACCGAAACCAACGAUACGCCAACCGUGUGCGGCACCUGGAAGAGAUGGAAGCGACCAAACGUGCGGGAUUGGGAUUGACGGUGGCGGAAAGGGAGCGAAGGAAGUCAAUCCUCGUGACGGGCAACGAUGUCUUUUGGACAAAACAGGUUGAAGAUGGCGCGUCUGAGGCCUUUGGUGUGGAUUUGAUUAGACAGGUAAAACGCUGCGAAGAAUCAAGGAGUCGGGAGCCCAAGAUAGAUUAGCACGAUGUACGAAGACUGGCGGAGGAGGUUCAGUAGCUUCAAUGGUGUCUAAGCAGUCCCUGCACGGUACAAUCUGCGACGGAUUAACGGCAAUAGGGGUCUCAUAGAAGCUUUCCUCAAAACGAAGAAUGGAAAAGCAAUUCUUAUGUACGUACUGUAGUGUACGUUAGAUUAACAUCAAGUAAACGCUUUCAGGAGAAUAAGAACUGAACAUAAGUGCAGUACCUAAAUACUGAGCACUGAAGGUCUGACGGCUUAUUGGAACACCGAGAUAGAUUCCUCAACACGAUGCAGCCGAGGCAUCCGCAAC